AGAAGAAAAAGAAGGUCAAAGUUCAAUACAAAGAUUUUUCAAGCUUAUGAGAUAUGUAAAACUGUAGUACGAACUUGUUGUUAAAGCAUUAUUCUUUUACAAUAAUUUCAAAACAAGGGAUCUAAAAAUCAUAUUUAAAGUAUAUAAGUAUUUUGUUGCGACCUUACCCAUGCGCAGUACACCUGCAGCGGUGUUGUUGUAAUGUUGAUGAUCUCUAGCUGACAUCUUUGCUCCUCUGCUCCGUUGAAUAACACAGUAAGCUAGCUGCUAGCAGAGGUAGAUAUAAACAAACGUGUUAUAACCAUAGAGUGUAUAUAACACAGGUUCAGGUACAAAUAGAAAACUCGUGGUACCGCGAUGGAAUAGUUAGCAUAGAGCAUUCAGGUGAUACAUGGAAGUAUGUCAGCCUUGUUGUUCCAGCACCGUGCCGUCCUGUGUAAGAAAUACAGCAGAGGAUUAUUAUGGACCCUGUCGAGACCAAACUCUCAUCUGUUAACAAAUAAACAACCAUCCAGUGGUGGGGUUAGAAAUGUGCUGGCGACAUGGAAUUAUGUCAGGAGGAUACUUCAUACGACAUCAGAGAGGACUGCAGCAAGCCAGCAGCAGAAAGUCCUUCAGAGUCUUCUCCACAGACCUCUGGGUCCUGGUUUGGUAGGAAUCAGCAAAGAUUUAAUCAAGAACAACCUGCUAAGGAAUCCUGUUGGUUUGGUAAAUUUAUUAGGGGCGACAAACUUCUUCAGCACAUCACAGUCUAAACAAGAGAAGAAUAAAAGCAAUGAACCAAAGGGAAAAACUCCAGAAGAAGAUGAAGAAGAGAAGAAACGCCGGGAGCAGGAGGACCAGAUAUACCGGGAACGCCUCCGGGCCCUCUUCAUCAUCGCGCUCAUCAUGAGCCUGUUGAACUCCAUAAACACCAGCGGUGGAAACAUCUCCUGGAACGACUUUGUGAACGAGAUGCUGGCCAAGGGAGAGGUGUCCCGUGUGCAGGUCGUUCCUGAGAGCGACAUCGUAGAAAUUUACCUUCAUCCUGGAGCAGUCAUCUUUGGAAGACCAAGGCUGGCGCUCAUGUACAGAAUGCAGGUUGCAAACAUUGAUAAGUUUGAGGAGAAGCUGAGAGCCGCUGAAGAGGAGCUGAGUAUUGACACCAAGGACAGGAUACCAGUUUCCUACAAACGCACAGGAUUCUUUGCAAAUGCUGUCUAUGCUCUGGGAAUGGCUGCCGUGGGUGUGGCUAUUCUCUGGUACAUCUUUCGACUGCUGGGCAUGGGCGGUAGAGAAGGCGGCUUCAGUGCUUUUAAUCAGCUGAAGAUGGCCAAGUUCACCAUCGUGGACGGCAAGUCGGGUAAAGGUGUAAGUUUCAAAGAUGUAGCAGGCAUGCACGAGGCUAAGAUAGAAGUGAAGGAGUUUGUGGACUACCUCAAGAAUCCAGAACGAUACCUCCAGCUGGGAGCCAAGGUUCCCAAAGGCUCAUUGCUCCUCGGGCCUCCAGGCUGCGGAAAGACCCUGCUGGCUAAAGCUGUAGCCACUGAAGCCCAGGUCCCCUUUCUGGCCAUGGCCGGCUCUGAGUUUGUGGAGGUCAUCGGAGGUCUCGGUGCAGCUAGAGUCAGGAGUCUGUUCAAGGAGGCUCGAAGCCGAGCACCUUGCAUCGUCUACAUCGAUGAGAUCGACGCUGUGGGAAAGAAGCGCUCCACCAACAUGUCCGGGUUCUCCAACACAGAGGAGGAGCAGACCCUCAACCAGCUGCUGGUAGAGAUGGACGGAAUGGGAACAACAGACCAUGUCAUCGUCCUUGCCUCCACUAACAGAGCAGAUAUCUUGGACAACGCUCUGAUGAGACCAGGCCGACUGGAUAGACACAUCUUUAUAGAUCUGCCAACGCUGCAGGAGAGGAAGGAAAUCUUUGAGCAACAUCUGAAGAUCCUGAAGCUGACCCACCCGGCUAAGGUCUACUCUCUACGUCUGGCUGAGCUCACCCCUGGCUUCAGUGGCGCCGACAUUGCCAACAUUUGUAAUGAAGCCGCGCUGCAUGCAGCCAGAGAGGGACACAAGUCCAUUGACACCUUUAACUUUGAGUACGCAGUGGAGAGAGUCAUAGCGGGAAGUGUAAAGAAGAGUAAGAUCUUGUCGAAAGAGGAGCAGAGGGUGGUUGCUUUCCAUGAGUCCGGACACGCUUUGGUGGGAUGGCUUCUCGAGCACACAGAAGCCGUCAUGAAGGUUUCUAUCGCCCCGAGGACUAACGCAGCCCUGGGAUUUGCGCAGAUCUUACCUCGGGACCAGUACCUGUUCACCAAGGAGCAGCUGUUUGAGCGGAUGUGUAUGGCUCUUGGAGGAAGAACUGCUGAAGCGAUCACCUUUAACAAAGUUACAACAGGAGCUCAGGAUGACCUGCGUAAGGUGACACGUGUGGCCUACUCCAUGGUGAAGCAGUACGGCAUGAGCGACAGUGUCGGCCAGGUGUCAUUCCCAGAGACACAGGAGCAAGGUGCCAUUGGACGUCGUCCUUUCAGCCAGGGCCUGCAGCAGCAGAUGGAUCACGAGGCGAAGAUGUUGAUCGCUCGUGCUUACAGGCACACAGAGAAGCUGCUACUGGACAACAGAGACAAGCUCAUUCUGUUGGCCAAUGCGUUGUUAGAGCGCGAGGUGGUGAACUACGAUGACAUCGAAGUCUUGCUGGGUCCACCACCACACGGGCCGAAGAAGAUGAUCCUCCCUCAGAGCUGGGUGGAGGCUGAGAGAGACAAACAAGACACCGGAGAAGAGCCUCCACCACCUCCCCGCAAACGACAGGACGAAGACAUGGACCCACAGAUGGUCUGAUCUCUAAAUGAAUAUUUCCAAACUGCUGCUUUUGUGGUCUUUAUCAGGGGCAGGAGGAGGUCUGCUUUAAUCCUCCCUUUGAAGCUUUAUAUUGACUUCAAAGCAGAACCACAAAUAAUGCUUGAAACUUUGCAGCCCAUGCAGACUUUAGUGCAAAUGUAUAUUUGUACUUGUUUCCAGUCUGCUGACCCAUUUAGAUAACUUCAAGAAGCCAGUUCAGCUCUGCUAUGCCUUAAAAGCAUUGAAAAAAAUUAUAAUAGUAGGAUAUCUCCACCUCCUCUAUAGUGCAGAAAGACUGGAAAAGUUCACUAAUCAUCAUUCACUUCAUGUGCAGCAGGCGAUAAUGUGUGAUGUGCUAGACUUCCCAGAAUUUAUAUGCAAACAAAUGAAAGAUCACUGUAAAGGUUUGGACAUGAGCAUCACUUCUGUUCAUGACGUAUCAGAGGAACAGCUAGCCAUGCACAACACAAGUCAAUCCAUCCUGACAAAAGCAAACUUUAGGGAUGUUUAUUUUCUUUGUCAGAGAUAAUAGGCUCUCUAUGCAGUAUAUGUGCAUUAAAUCAGUCAACACAUCCUCACAAAGUCUGCUUCAUUGACUUUGGUAUUCAGAUGAGCUGCAGUGGAGUCGCAGUUCAGGUUGUAGUAGGUUGCUGUGGAUGUUUAUAGCGAAGAGUUUUCACUUGAGUUUGCGCUGAAACAGAAUUGAUGUGGAUUGCUUUGUCAAUGAGGAACAACAUUUUUACAUUAAGGAAGACCCCGUAAAGACUUGAGCUCCUGUUAUGUUGAUGUAACCCUACACACCUUCUGCUUCCUGCAGAGAGGAACACUGACUGAGUUAAUACACGGGUUGAUGCAGUGUCAUCUUUGUAUUAUGAGAUGUAUUUUAUUUGAAUGUGACGUCCCAAAGGACAGUGUUGAUAAAUAUGAAAAUAAAGUUUAAUUGAAAUGUUG